AUGAGUAUUGCGCGGCCAGCCAGAUGUCUGUUUUGCAGCUUUUCACGCGCCGCCGCCCACGGCCCUCGCGUGCCCCGUCGCCAGUUCCAGCUGUCGGCGAUACAGCUUCAAGACAAGGGCCCAAAGCCUCCCGUUCAGGUUGAUGGCAAGACAUUGAAACAGAUUCGCGAUGAGUUGACACCAGAUCAUUUCAAGCCUUACACAGAGGAAGAGAAGGCCUGGCUAAAGGACCACUACACCCCCGAACAGCUCGCCGCGGUUGAAGCCGGCGAGGCGGCCAUUGACCCGAAAGACUUGGCUGAGCAGUUCCGAAUCCGCAAAGAUCCCAUGAAGCUCUCGUAUCUUGAUGACCUCUCGGUGAUCGAACCCGGUCUUGAUAAACACGUCCGCGCCCCCGAGAGCAACAGUGACUACAAUGCGACUCUGAAGACCGAAGACGACUUCGUCGACGACUUUGCAAAGUUCUUCUCCGAGAUUCCGGAAAACGUUUCGGUGUCUGACUGGGUGCGAUUUGCCGAGACGAACCGUGUGACAGUUGGGAAGGAGGAAAACGAGUUGAACCCAAAUAGUUCACUUGUGCCGGAUCUGUUUCAGCAUGGAGAAAACUUGGAUGGGAAAAUGCAAAAUCCUCCCCCAUACUACGAGGUUGAGGGUGCCAACCUUACCAAGGUAGACGAAGAGCCAAGUGAUGCAUUGAAGAUGCUCAUGAAGGCUACCGGACACACCCCGCAGACGCUCUCGAAAAUCAGGGAGCGAUCUCUCGUCAAGAAGUUUGUCACAAACCAGACCCGUCUUGGUAAGGUACGCAGCCAGUAUGUCCUGUCUAUUGCUGGUAAUGGGAAUGGUCUCCUCGGUAUCGGCGAGGGCAAGUCACAAGAAAUGGGAGAUGCAAUUGUGCAAGCGAGGUUCCGUGCAAUCAGAAACAUGAAACCUAUUCCUCGGUACGAGAACCGCACGAUCUUCGGCGACGUCAAGGGCAAGUCGGGCGCUGUGGAGUUGAAACUGAUGAGCCGCCCUCCUGGUUUCGGUCUCCGCUGCCAAAGUCUGAUCUACGAAAUGUGCCGUGCAGCCGGCAUCAGCGACAUCGCUGCCCGUGUCGAACGAUCUCGAAACCACAUGAACACCGUGAAGGCCGCCUACAACGCUUUGAUGAGCCAGCGCGACCCAGAGGAAAUCGCGCGCGCCCGAGGCAAGAAGCUGGUAGAUGUUCGCAAGGUAUACUAUUCUGGAAGAGACACGAAAGAGGAAGGAUGGCAAAGAGAGGAAGGGGACCGACAACGGCGCGCGAACUAG